CAGGUCCACACUGCAACCAGCAAGAACCCUGGACAGGAUGCAGCAGGGGUGGUGUGUGGUGCUGGGGAUGUUGUGGGCGUCAGGGCAGGGGCUGGGGGUGGAGGCGGUGGAGAAAUGUCCUCCUUCCCCUCCACGCUCUCCCCAGACUCCUGGAUCCUCAAGAUGGGGGAAAACGGGAUCCAAGAGCUCCCGUCUCACGCUCUCAGACCCGUCCCAAAGAUCGAGAGCAUCAACCUAGAGAGGAACACCAUCAGGUCUCUCCACCCCCAGGCCUUCUCAGGGGCCCAGAGACUCAUGCUGCUCAACCUGUACGGUAACCAGCUCAGCAAGCUUCCUGCCCGCGGCUUUAAGGACCUGCUCAACCUGCGCUUCCUCAUGCUGGGACAGAACCAGAUCGCUGCGGUGAAACCUGAGAUGUUUGCUGGCAUGGGGAACCUUUCAGACCUGGACCUCCCUCUGAACUCCCUCACCACCCUGCCUCCUAAUGCCUUCAAGCCCCUCAUCGCUCUCAAAGUGCUGGACCUGGCCCUCAACCGCAUACAGAGGAUCUCUCCCAGAGCCUUCACAGGCUUGAGCGAACUCCUCUUCCUCAACCUGGACAACAACAGCCUGAAGAGCCUGUCUCCUGGGGUGUUCCGCCCGCUGGGCUCCCUGGAGAUGCUGGUGCUGGACAACAACCUGCUGGCGUCGCUGAGCGGCGCGGCGCUAGAAGGGCUGUCUGGACUGCAGGAGCUGUACCUGAGGAACAACGUGCUGGACAGACUUCCCAAGGACCUGUUCAGAGCCACACCCAGGCUGUCUCGCCUCGCCCUGACCGGGAACCGUCUGAAGACAGUGGACGGGAGCCUGUUCUCUCAGCUGCCUGACCUGAAGGAGCUGUUCCUGCAGGGGAACCCCUGGGUGUGCGACUGUAGCAUGGCUCCGCUGCUGCGCUGGCUGUCCCAGACCGCAGCCAGCCUCGCCCCGCUGGAUGGCCUGAGGUGUGCCGGCCCAGCGGAGCAGAGAGACAAGACCCUCAGCACCCUGCAGCCGGACGGUCUGCACUGCCGCGCCUAG